CGAAUAGCACGCAACGAAAACAAUUUCCUUCCUAUCACCUUCAGCAUCACGCUCAAUCGUCCGCUGGAACCACUUUGCCCUAUUGAAAUUAGCUUAUAUUAAAAGUGUUAGACAACCAGGUUUCCUCUCUGGACAUCCGCUCAGCAGUGGAAACUAUCACGUUUUACCAUCCAACAUAAAAAGAAAUAACCCGGCUCAUACUGUUCGCUCAGCUGGUCGUUUCUGUUGUUAUCCGCCAAAGCACUGGAUCAAAACAAAGUCUGCCAUCAUAACCAUCAGCCAUCGUACGUAUGGUGUAAGCCCGACGCCGCCUAACUGUGCUUGCUUGCUCAGAGACCAGAGAGAGAGCCGCUGCUACUGGCCGGUGGUGGAGGUUUACCGGUGCCACUUGGCUGGAUUCACUCCCAGUGUUCAACCUGCCGUAGCAAUAGUAACAUCAGGCCGCCCGCGUCUACGCGAACCGAGUUCCGACCAAUCAUUCGUCAAAUGGGCGCGCUUCUGCUUGAUUGAUGCAAUGGCACGUGCGCGCGCGGAAUCUUCGAAAGGCGUCAAAGCUAGGGCAGCAUAGUUCAAAGUUCUUGUAGGGAUUCUUUUACAGGGAUAGUAGUUUUCCGAGUGUUUUUGGGAUUUGCUCCAAACUAUUUAUGGUCAAUUAGAAUCACCAACCGACCGUUUUUCGGUGUUCUAGAAGACCAUUAAAAAAAGGCGCAAGACGGUUGAAUCGACGGAAGAUAAGAAACAUCAGUACGAGUACCGAAAUUUGAAUGGAUAAUGAGAGGGCUUGUUAAAUACCGCUGAGUGGAUCCAAUCUGAUUCAAUCAGGUGUUACCGGGAAAAGUGAGUUGAAACGAAUCCAUUGCAAUUUCCUACUGUUGGUAUUGUGCGAGUUAACACAAGUGCGGAACGAGCAAUGCCAAAAUCCGGUGAUAAUGGGCAAAUUUAGGAAGAAAGAGUCAGUUUAACAAGUGUGGCGAAAAUUUGAAAAAAAAAAAAAUCACUGUGGUGCCUUCAUCAGUGCUUCUUGAUAAAUGCCUCUGUAGAAGAAAAAGUUGUGGAUGCUGUCUGGCUGUAUCUUCUACAAUUAAUACAUCCAAAUCGAUAAUUACGCUUGGCUGAUGCUGAUGAAAAUAUAGGUUAUGAUAAGUGUGUUAUGGAUAGCACCCGCGAUAACCGUUUUUCCUUUUGUCUUGAAAACUCGCGGCGGUGAUAAUUCGGAAAUGUGCUCUCCCUCUUCUUGUAGCCCGUUGCGUUAGUUGGUUUGGUGCACCUGCGUGAAGUAUCUAGUGAGGAAGUGAAGCAAAGGAAAAUGGAAACGAAAAAUGGCAAGCCCCAUCUCUGAUUGUAUGUUGUGUGUAUCGGGAAAUAAUUAGCACCGCGCAGUGGAAAGCAGAAGUUACGAGCCAAAAAGAGAAAAAAAAAAUCAUUCAGAAGAAAAGCCCGAUUUCAAUAUGUAUGCGCUUCAUCGAGCUGGUGCAGCCGCGAGUUGUGUGUUGGAUUGACUUUCUGGAACGAGCGUAGAUUUAACUCGACGUUACGAACGGAAACACCCACCAGCCACUGUGAGAGAGACUACGACGGCUUCCAAUCGGAACGUUGAAUUUGCUUUGCUGUGGAAGAAGCUCGAUUCAACGGAUCGGAUAUCGAUUAUAUUAUGGCGUACGUUGUGUGGCGAGUACUGGUCAAGCAGUACUCCAAGGUUCGCCUUGGAGUUCAAAGGAAUUCUCCUUUGGAUGAUGAAGUCACUCCAACUACUCGUCGUACUAAAUCCUUCGACGAUAACGCGUGGAAAUCACAACGCGACGACGAAUCGCUGAAUCUCUCCUCGAACAUAUCCGCUGUGUCAUCAGUAGCACUUUCAUCUGCCCGACACGAUCGCCAACGUUCGAAUGUAGAUCCUGAUCCAGGCCCGAGCAUUUGUGGAAACGCCGUUAGCUGUGGCGGGGGUCUGGAUGAUAUUCUGGUGAUCGAAAGUAGCGAAAGUGAUUCCCAUUCCCAGCCUUAUUCCCACUGUGGAACGUUGAGCCGCGGGGAGGUAAGGAAGUCUCGAUCCAAAAUGAAGAGCUACCUUAAAAGGUGCAAGGAAGCCCUAAUCGGAAGCCAAACGAGCACUGAGGACACAUGUCCAAUCACACAUCACGAAGCGGUGGUUCAACAUCAGCAAGAGCCUGCCACAAUCCAGAUCCCCACGGCCAAUUGGUAUCUGGAUGAUCAGCUGUGUGAGAUCCGCCCGGAAGAUAACCGAGAACCGUACUCGACGUUUGCCUCCGCCAGGCUCAAGGAACAGCUGCUGGAAAAUGAAGAGCAGGCAAGGCAAAAACUCCAGCAACUGGGUCAUGAGAAUGAAACGACGCCACCCGAACCUAAUAGGGUCCAAUCCCAGGAUGAUGAUCCAUUAGAUUCCGUGAAUGAAAGUGACGCCGCUGGCGGUCCCGUUGCGCAGGGAUCAGAGGCUCGGCCUCUGAUACAGCCAUCACCGCCGCCAGUGGGUAACAGCAAUUUAUCAUCGAACGGUAUCGAGAAGCUGGUAGACCUGCACUUUGGGCCCCUGUAUCCCGAUUACGCAGACCACACACGGCCGGUUCUGAUCCGACAGGCGCGGGAUCUACUGGUGUGCACCUUCCAUGGCGACCUGGAACGAUUCGAGGCCGGUUUCCUGCGUCCGGCGGCUUCGAUCGUCGGCGAACUGAAGAGCAGCUAUCUUCAGGGACAGGUGAGUCAGUUACUGUGGGUGUCAGUCUAGUUUAAUUGCCAUGCC